AAUAAAUAAUAUAACUGUUAUCUCUCGCUUAUGUCGCGGCUUAUCUGCUGGAAUAACAAUUCAUUGCUUCUAGCACCAUUAGAAUUGAUAAGUGGUGUCAAGUGUCAAGCAAAAGAGCGGAAGGAUGAAAAAUUUAAGAAAAAUAAUUUAUGCUUUAAUAACCACUGUGUGCAUUACUACGAAUAUUUCUGAAGUAAAAGCUGCCAAACAAAAAUAUGUAACUUGUGGUUCAGUAGUAAAAUUGUUAAAUACUGAUUAUCGAGUUCGAUUACAUUCACAUGACGUGAAAUACGGCACUGGCAGUGGGCAACAGUCAGUGACUGCAACUGAAGUACAGGAAGAUAUUAACAGUCAUUGGGUUCUUAAGGCAGAAUCUGGAAAAAUUUGCUCACGAGGUGAACCCAUUAAAUGUGGUUCUGUUAUACGACUGGAACAUUUAGAAACAAAAAAGAAUUUGCAUUCUCAUCACUUCUCAAGUCCUCUCAGUGGAUAUCAAGAAAUAAGUUGUUAUGGCGAGAAUGGAGAAGGAGAUACAGGAGACCACUGGGUUGUAGUGUGUUCAGGUGAUAGUUGGCAGAGAGAUGACAGUGUGAUGCUGAAACAUGUGGAUACUGAUAUGUACUUAUCAGCGUCAGGCAAAACAUUUGGGAGACCAAUUAAUGGACAAAUGGAGGUUGUUGGUGUACGUUCAUCAACAGGGUCUGUUCAUUGGCAAACUAUGGAAGGCAUUUUCCUACACGCUCCUGAUAUAGCGGCAAGACACAUGCAUAUGGCGCACACGGAGUUAUAAUAUGUUUAGUGUGUCUGUUUGUUUAAUUUAUUGUUUUCUUUUUGUAAUAAAUUUGAAUUGUGAUAUACAACAUUAAAAUAUGACCUAAGAUUCCAUAAAA